UCAUUUAAGUGCAUUUCUAUGAAUCUGUCUUAAUGUAUUUCAUUGUUUUCUUUCAUCCAUAUAGGGUAAAGCUUACACUAGAGGGGCCGGAGGAAGAUGACGAUGAUAGGCUAUCUCCCACUGUUCUUCACAAAAUGUCUAAUAGCCUGGAGAUAUCCUUGAUAAGUGACCAUGAGUUCAAGUGCAGGCACUCACAGCCAGAGUGUGGGUAUGGCUUACAGCCUGAUCGGUGGACAGAGCACAGCAUACAGACAAUGGAGCCUGAUAACCUGGAACUAAUCUUUGACUUUUUUGAAGAAGAUCUCAGUGAACACGUGGUUCAGGGCGAUGCUCUUCCUGGACACGUGGGUACGGCAUGCCUCUUGUCGUCUACCAUUGCUGAGAGUGGGAGAAGUGCUGGCGUCCUUACACUUCCCAUCAUGAGCAGAAAUUCCAGAAAAACAAUAGGCAGAGUGAGAGUUGAUUUUAUCAUCAUCAAGCCAUUGCCAGGAUACAAUUGUUCCAUGGAGUCUUCAUUUUCCAAGUAUUGGAAGCCAAGAAUACCAUUGGAUGUUGGACACCGAGGUGCAGGGAACUCAACCACAACUGCCCAGCUGGCUAAAGUGCAGGAAAAUACUAUUGCAUCCUUAAGAAAUGCUGCUAGUCAUGUAAGUAACCUUUCUUGAAACAAUUUUGGAUUG